AAUAUAUAUGUUUGUCAUUCUGCAGCAAACUAAAUAAAUUCUUUGUCAUUUAAGUGAUAUUUAGAAAUGACUUGCAUAGUAUUUGAGAGUAUGAUAACUUCCUUUACAUAUGAUAAGAAACACUCAUUCUUCAUCGAAGCACUGAUGUCUACCCACGUAUAUUGUUUAUUCAGACCUGUCAUCUAGUCAGGGGAGCAAGAAAUUCAAAUAGAGCUAACUGUAAAAGCCAAUGACUGACCAGUGACACUGAGAUAAAUCAGGCAUCAUUGUGUUUUUUCACAGAGGCUUUUUGUGUCAUAGCUGAUAAUGGCUGCCCUUUUGUAUUCUCCACAGUAGUAGGUUUCCAUGACAGGGAACAGUAUAUAAUCCCAGAACCAGAAAGGGACUUUUUAUUGUAGCAGAUCACAGUCGAUACUAAAGUUUUUAAUAAAAAAAAAAUAACCACCAUCAAAGACAGAUUAUGAAAUAUUUUUGGUGGUGUUUGAUAUAGACAUAUUUUUAUUUAUGCUGAUCCAUGUAAAAUAUUCAUGCAAACCAGAGUCCUUAAUUUCAAGCCAUAAUCUAGAUGACAACUAUAUGUUUUAUGGGCAUUUAGUACUAACUUCUGAAUGACAUUUUUUUUCCGAAGUUAAUUUUCCGUGGUUCAUUUUGUUUUGUGCAAGACACUUAUUUCAUGAAGCCAAGUAUAUUUUUGUUUGAUGACAGAGCAGAAUGAGCAGGAACUUUUUAUAUUGUUUUAUAGUAAAGAUGAAGGAAAUAAUUGUUCUUGCUUUUAAUUUACUGCCUGUUCUUGCCCAGAUGUCAGCACGCCCAUGCAUUCCACAAAAAGCAGAUUCUAUUCAAGUUUUCUGUUACCCUAAUAGAAUUGUUGCUGUGGUUCCUGAGUGCCCCUUUGGUUGGGAAAUUAACCAGUUGGCACUUGGAGGCAUCUGCUACAAUGGGGUGCGACAUCCAGGCUCCUACAGUUUCACAAUAGUAGACCUAACUCCGAGGAACCACUCUUACUGUGGAACCCAGCUGGAGGUAAUUCAUCGAAAGAAGCCAAUAUACAGAUUUUAUAACUCAAUAGUAUCAAAUGAUUCUACAGUUGCUGUGAGAAAUCAGCCUGUGAAUUUUACCUUCAGCUGUGCCUACCAGGCUGAUUAUACGAUCAGCAAUUCUGUCUUUGAUCAGAAAGUUGCAACAAUUUAUCUAAAGAAUGGAAGCUUAGGCACAUUUGAAAGCCAGUUGUCCUUAAACUUUUAUUCAAACUCAAAGUUUGUGGAUAAGAAGGCUGCGCCAUUUACAAUUGAGAUUUCCGAUAUCGGGUCUGAAGUCUAUGUUGGAGUGGAAUCAAAGGGCUUAAGUGGCAGAUUUAAAGUUGUACUGAACAAUUGCUGGGCAACUCCAUCUCCUGAUUUUAUGUACGCUGUCCAAUGGAAAUUAAUUGCUGAUGGAUGCCAGGCAGAUCGGACAGUGAUCAUCUAUGACAACGGCAAAGACAGCAGAGGAACAUUCCAGUUCAAUUCUUUUCGGUUCCAAAAUAUUCCCAAGCUUUCCAAAGUCUGGUUGCACUGUGAAACAUCUGUGUGCGAUAGUGAAAGACUUUUCUGCCCGCUGAUAUGUUCAUCUCGUAAACGGCAGGCAGAACAACAUGGAGGAAUUCUAACAGCAGAAUUUAAUCUAAAAAGCACAAGUUCCAUGCAUCUGACUGCUCAAAAAGAUCUGUUCUAUCAGUUAAUACUUCUUCUUGGAAUAUGUGCCGUACUGAUUUAGCAUUUUGUUUCCUACUGCUCACCAAAGUUCUGCUACGUAUUUUUGGCCACUGAUUAACAUUUCAGAACUACUACAAGAUGUCGGUCCAUUCACUUGGAGAACUUGAAUGAUCUACUAAUUAUUUGAUAUGAAAUCUUCAAUAAGAAUUCUGUUUGUUAUACAAAACUUAUGAAAGUAUCUCUAGACAAUUAGCAGGAAGUCUUCACCUCUGUUAAAGAAAUGCUUUGCAAAAGCCAUGCAAAUUGGACCUGUUCUGAUAUUCUCUUGUACAAUUAAUGCGGAUUGCUCA